AUGCGAAUUCCUAAGAGGCUAUUCUCAUUUUCUCUUCCUCAACUCGUAGCGCCUCUUUUAUCUUCCCGAAUUCGCGGUAAACCUUCUCGGAAUUUCGUCAACAUCGCAUCACCAGGUGCUAGCAAGUUGCACUCUCAAUAUUCAAUGGAUGAGAACCACGACGUUGGUAUGCAUGACUCAAAAUCAAUUGGCAGGGAUAGGGAAAAACAACCAUGUUACAAGCCUGAAACUUUUGAAUCUCUUGCUUAUCAAGGCACAAUUAAAAAGCUGGUUUACGAUUUGGGGUAUCCUAGCGAGUUACUAAAUUGGUCUUUUAAUUGGAAGUACAUGGUCAGGGGCUUGGUUCUUGACAAAAAAAGAGGAAAUAUAUUGAAGAUGGAUCGCCACAAAUAUGUAAAAGUAGCUUAUCAUGGAUUUAGAGAAUUGUCAAAAGAAGAUAAAGUUGGGACCUACGGGAAUACUUUAGUACGCAAUUCAUUUGACGAGCCCGACUAUGCUCUAAUCGAUACACUUUUCUCUCUCGCGGAAGCCUACUUGUUUGCUCAACUGGUUGAUUUUAAGGAUUGUAAUCCUGGAAAGAUUCGAGAGGGUGUUGAUUAUGCGCGCAUGUAUAAAGAUGUUCGAGCUGCUGUUGAUUUGUGCCACCGUGAUGGGACGUUGAAGCAAAUGGUUGCUAAAGAUCCUGGAAGGUAUAUCAAUGAAGACACCAUGAUAGUCCCCAUGCUUGAAAUGCUCAGAGAAUCUGGACGUGCAACAUUUUUAGUGACAAAUAGUUUAUGGGACUAUACAAAUACUGUCAUGAAUUUCCUCUGUGGAUCCAGACAGGUAGAUGGCAGUAACAAUUUUGAAUGGCUUCAAUACUUUGAUGUGGUUAUCACUGGCAGUGCAAAGCCAGGAUUUUUUCACGAGGAAAAUCGUGCCAACCUAUUUGAAGUUGUGCCUGAGACUGGAAUGCUUCUCAAUACAGAUAAUGGCUCUCCUAUGCCUCAGGUGGGGAACAUCUCGGCGAGGAUAUUCACAGAAGCAAAGAAUCACGCUUGCCAAGCUUUCCAGGGAGGCAAUGUCGCUCAUCUGCAUAAACUUCUUUCCAUUGAAUCAAGUUCACAGGUUCUGUAUGUUGGGGAUCACAUUUAUGGAGACAUACUACGUAGCAAAAAGGUUCUUGGAUGGAGAACAAUGCUUGUAAUCCCAGAGCUGGAGAAGGAAGUUAAACUCCUCUGGGAGUCAAGGGACACCCGAAAGGGAGAAUUUUACUUGAAUAUUCUCAUGCAGGAGCUUCAGUUCUUGAGAAGUGAGCGUGAUCGCAUUGAGGAUGAAGUACAUCAUUUGAAGUGGUCUCUCAAAUUCAAGAACCCAGAUGCUGUUACCAAGCAAAAGUUAUCUUCAGCACUUGAUAAAUUGGAGCUUGAAAGAGAGAGAAUGCGAUUAAUCCAUCAAGAAGCUCAAAGAAAAUUACAUCUAGGGUUUCACGAACCAUGGGGACAGCUUAUGAAAACUGGUUAUCAGAAUUCUCGCUUUGCUCAUCAGGUUGAGAGAUUUGCCUGCCUUUAUACUAGCCAAGUAUCUAACCUGGCGUUGCACUCUCCAGACAAGUAUUACAGACCCAGUGAAGAUUUUAUGCAGCAUGAAUUUGGAAUUCUCGGUUCUGAGCCACGAGGAAUAUAA